UUAUGCCUUCUUUAUCAAAUUGUGACAAUCAGUUUUUGGCCGAAACACUGACCGAGGUCAGAAAGGAGAUCCUUACUUUCCAUCAUGAGGGCUUCUUCUGGCGGUGCUGGUUCUUUGGUGAAGGCGACGUAGGGACCAUCUGGAGCUUCUGGUACACCAGCCAAGCCCAUCCCAAGUUCUGCAUGCAUGGCUACCUGUUUCCUCUGCCCAUUACUCUUGGACCUAUUCCACAUCCUUCAUAUGAUACAACUGCAGUGUACCGAGGCUUCUGGACGGCGUUCAUCACCCUGCGGCGGUCCCUCCCCCGGGCCGGGCCGGCCGGCCUGGUCGGGGGGUUCCUGCUCGUGUGCGGGGUGCCCUUCGGCAGCCCCCGCUUCUACAAGGCCGGGGGCGGAUUCCUCCUCGCCGCCGGAUUCUUGUAUCUGCUGCUCGUGUUGCUGUUUGUGCUGUGGAAGGAGUUUGCAGCCGACCUUCAGAAGUACGUUCUCCUGGAGAGAAGUGAGAAGUGCCUGGACGAUGUGCCCGUGCACGUCUACUACGGGUGGUCCUUCAUGUUUGCCGCCGCGGGGGUGCCCUUGGUUUUGCUGUCUGGACUGCUCUUCUAUCUUGUUGGCAGAGACAUUAUGAAGUCCCUGGAGUAA